AGAAGUCCCGUUUGAAGCCAAAACACAGGGGGCUGAGGAAACGCUGGUAUGGCAGAUUGGACAAAGUUAAGGUGACAGUCGAGGGUGAAUACUUUCUAAAUUAACCAGCGGGACAUGCCAGAGUUUCUGUCUGCUUCCUCUGAGGUAAAAUGGCGUUGUCUUCAUCAGUACUUUUGGUUCUUGUUUUCCUCACAACUGAAGUGACCCUCUCUACAGGAAGCAAUGAAUGUGUUGCCAGAAACUUUGGCCAUGACUCUGUGGUGUGUGAGUGCAAUUCCACCCACUGUGACAGUGUGGGGUCUGUCACCCUGCAUCCUCUGGGACAGUUCUCCUCCUACCUGAGCAGCAGGGCCGGCAGCAGACUGGAGGCAUGCGGGGGGGCGGUCCAGGGGAACAGCACCGGGGCAGGUCUCAGGUUGACCAUCGUUCCCUACCAGAAGUACCAGAAGAUCAGGGGGUUCGGUGGAGCCAUGACGGACGCAGCAGCCAUUAACAUCCUGUCUCUCUCUGCCGGGGCACAGGACCAGCUGCUGCGCCAGUACUUCUCCCCUGAAGGUAUUGGUUACAGCGUGGUGCGUGUCCCCAUGGCCAGCUGUGACUUCUCCACCCGUCUGUACACGUAUGCCGACACACCUGGAGACUACAACCUAGACAACUUCACGCUGGCCCCCGAGGACAUCAAAAUGAAGAUCCCUCUCCUGCAGCGGGCUCAGGCCUUGUCUCCUGUCCCUCUGUCUCUGCUGGCCAGUGCCUGGAGCGCCCCCGCCUGGAUGAAAACUAACGGGGCCCUCAUAGGAAAAGGCUCUCUGAAGGGCCAGCCUGGGGGCAAGGAGCACAAAUCCUGGGCCCUGUACUAUAUCAGGUUCCUGGAGGAAUAUGCUAAAUAUAACUUGACCUUUUGGGCUUUGACCACAGGGAAUGAGCCCUCUGCAGGACACAUAACAAACUACAGUUUCCAGGCUCUGGGCUUCACUCCUGAGGAGCAGAGGGACUGGGUGGCUCUGGACCUGGGCCCUGCCCUUCACACCUCCUCAUACCCACACACACACGUCCUCAUCCUGGAUGACAACCGCCUGCUGCUGCCUCACUGGGCUAAAGUGGUCCUAAGUGACAUUCACGCAGGAAAGUACGUUCACGGCGUUGCGGUCCACUGGUACCUGGACAGCCUGGUCCCAGCAGAGAUCAGCCUGGGAGUCACACACCAUCUCUUCCCAGAGUAUUACCUGUUUGGCACCGAGGCCUGCUCUGGUUUCAGCCCACUAGACAGAGGGGUGAAGCUGGGCGGCUGGGACAGGGCUGAACACUACGCACGGGACAUUAUAGAGGACUUAAAUCAUUAUGUGGUGGGUUGGACUGACUGGAACCUGGCGUUGGAUCAGACUGGUGGGCCAAACUGGGUUAAAAACUUUGUGGACAGCCCUGUUAUAGUGGACGCAAAGCGGGAUGUGUUCUACAAGCAGCCACACUUCUACAGCAUCGCCCACUUCAGUAAGUUCCUGUUGGAGGGGUCUCAGAGAGUGGGUGUGUUGGCCAAUCAGCACACAGAUCUGGAAUACACUGCCUUCAUCAGACCAGACGGCUCAGUGGUGCUCAUCGUUCUCAACAGGUCAUCGACCGUGAUCCAUUUUGAAGUCUGGGAUCCCGCUGUGGGUUACAUCUCCUCCACAGUACCGGACCAUUCAUUGAUCACUCUUGCCUGGAAUACACAAUAAUCCUUAAUACAAGUUCACAUACAUUUGUUCCUACUCAAAAACAAAUGUCUCUAUUCAUAUGUCAAAAUGCCGCAAUGUUGGAUUCUCUCUCACACACCGUUUCUAAUUAAUUGGUUGCAAGAUUGAUUUAUUAUCUGCUGUACUUCAGUGCACAGUUUUGGCGAUUUCUCUUAAAUUAACGUCAGCAAACUUGAGUAUUUUCAACUAAUUUGACUUUUAUUCCAAAGCCAAAAAUGCUUUUUUCUGCACUGACUCCUAUCAGGAAUGAUCUUAGAAAGUACUGAAUGUAUGUAUUGGUUCUCCAGGAUGACCUGUGUUGAAGCUGGUGCCUUGAUCGGCAGCUUUAAAAUGGUUUAAGUGUCCUUACAAUAUCUAAAGAAAGAAUAUAAAUGAUGUACAGAAAUUGUAAAUGCUGAUUGUAAAUGCUUCAUGCUUUUGCUAUUUAAUCUUUAAAUAAAGUGCAUUUGUCUUAAAAUAUAAGUUUUAAGUAUCUUUGGGCGCGGAGGAAAAAUCGAACCAGGAAUCUUUUUGGUCAAUUUAUUAAUACAUCAUAGACAUUUUUCAUAUAUAUAAUAUACAGUUCGAUAACCAGGUAUUUCACAUUUGUGUCUCCAUUUUUUUUUCCUUUUGCAAACCAUAACUUGGACUAAAAUUAUUUACAUCAAAAAAAGUGAUAAAAAAAAAUUGAAACAAAAGACAGAGGAAUAAAACAGAGGGAUGCCAUUUGUUUAUAAUAUAUACACUCGGAGGAGAAUGUUUCAAUCCUAAUCAUUCAAUAAAGGGCGGUUUUCAUUCCCUUACAGGUAUGGUGUUUGAUGUGUUCCCAGAAAGCUGUGACUUUCAUUUGAAGUCACAGCUUUAUUUGAGGCCAUUUUACAGCAGCGACUCAAACUGAUGUCUAUAAAAUACUUUGUGUCCUGUUCUUAAAGUACGUUACAGAGGAUGGACGCAAUAACGUGGACCUCUUUAGAAUAAACAAUAGAACAAGAGUUAAUCAGGUUCUUCCUGAGAAAAUCUCAACAGGAAUGCAUCAUUGAUCUUAGACAUAGGGUUUAUUGCAGGACUACAGGUGUUAUUAAGUCCAGACUCUGUAAAUACAAAGAGUGAAGGUAAACCCUACAGUACUCCCGUAUGCCGUCCAGGGCUCAGUUGCAGGACUUAGCUCAUUUUCAGUAAAGAGGGCGUGGUAUAUGAUAUAAAGUAUGGCAUUUCCCC